UAUAACGAAAUGUGGCCUUGAAAAUAGUGUUGUAAAAUGAAUAUAGUAGUUUAAAUUUUGAUAAUGUUUUAUUUCAUUACUCAUACUUUUGGCAUUUUCUACUAAAAUUGUUAAUAGUGGUAUUCAGGUGGCGUUUAAUAUCAACUCGAUGGCUUCGUUGACAUUGUGCUGCUCGCGUCGUGCGCUCGUUGCCAACACCCACCACACCAAGGCGAAUGGCAGCAGCACUUGGCGGCUAAUGCACACACUUCAAAGGCGCCAACAACAAUUACAACAAUCCUGUGGGCGUCUGCGCGCAGCAGCAGCAACAACAACGAUACGAACAGCGUUUGCAAUUGAACCAAAACUAAAUGCAAAUUGCAGCGACUUUGUCAUCGCCAGACGAAACAUGUCGAGUUCCAGUUCCCCUAAUCUCGUCGCGGUUGCUGAAUCGCGUCGCUUCAUGAUCGACUGCUUCAAGGCCGUCAAUGUGCCCGAGGCACAUGCCAUUGCCCAGGCUGAUCUGCUGGUGGCCGCCGAUUAUCGUGGUCACUUCAGUCACGGGAUGAAUCGUCUCGAGAUGUACAUCAAUGAUCUGGCUAUCAACUCAACCGAUGGCGCUGCUGAGCCACAAAUACUCAAGGAAACCCCUUCGACUGCCUGGGUCGAUGGUCGCAACGGUCUUGGAGCUGUUGUGGGCAACUUUUGCAUGGAUCUGGCCAUCAAGAAGGCAAAGAAUGUGGGCGUUGGUUGGGUGUGUGCCAAGGGAUCCAAUCAUUAUGGCAUGGCUGGCUGGUAUGCCAUGCAUGCCAUGGAACAGGGUCUCGUGGGCAUGUCUAUGACCAACACAUCCCCACUAAUGGCUCCAACGGGUGCCAAGGAAGCCGCACUGGGCACCAAUCCCCUCUCGCUUGGAGCUCCAGCUGGCAAUGGUGAUAAGUUCCUGCUUGACAUGGCCACCACAGCGGUGGCUGUGGGCAAGAUUGAAAUUCAGCGCAGGAAGGGCGCUCCACUGCCCGAUGGCUGGGCGCAGGAUCCCGAGGGCAAGGUCACAAACGAUGCCGAGUUGGGCUUCUCCACCGGCUGCCUGAUGCCUCUGGGUGGCUCUGAGUUGACCUCCGGCUACAAGGGCUUUGGCCUGGGUGCCAUGGUGGACAUUCUCUCCGGUGUUAUGUCGGGUGCCAAGUACUCCACACAGGUCCGUAAGUGGACGCAUGCGGGCGCCAACUCAGCGGCUGAUCUGGGACAGGUUUUCAUUGCCGUCGAUCCCAAUUGCUUUGCUCCCGACUUUGAGGAUCGCAUGAGCGACUUUAACUCGCGUCUGCGUGGCGUCACACCCACCGAUCCUAGCAAACCUGUGCUGCUCGCUGGUGAUAAGGAGGGCAACAACAUGAAGGCUGUGGACGCAGCUGGCGGCAUUCAGUAUCUGGAGAAUCAGCUGAAGACCUGCACCGCUUUGGCCGAGAAGCUGAAGAUCAAGCCACUCAGCUUCAUUUGAAGAGGAAGCGGGAAUUUGGAGCCAAGCUCAUCUAAUUUUCUGCUGCCCGCUCUUUGUUCUUCGCUCUUCGCUCUUCUUCAUGCCAUACACACAAUGAAGCAGCUGCUGCAUUUCGCUUGACCAAAGGACUUUGAUUAGUGCCUAAGUUUAAACAUUUAAAAUCCCCUUUACAAAUUAGUUAACAAAAACAAAGCAAUGUCUUAUGCAAAUUUGUGUUUUGCACGCAACCCAAAUUCUAAAUUGUCGUCGUCGAGUUUUGUAUAUGUGUUUUUUACACCUAGAACCAAGAUAUCAUCACAUUUAAUAAAUUUAUAGCUUUAAAAUGAAUUAGAAAACAA